AUGGAAAAUGUGGGGUGGAUUGAUAAAAUUUUACUUGCUCCCUUCUUCCACAUCAAGGCUUCAUUCCUCUACAAUCUAUUCGGAAGGCUUGGAAGCUUACUAGUAAGUUUUUAUGCUGGAAAGAUGCCUCCUUGCAGCAUGGGUUCAGUUUUGGAAACUCGUCUAUAUGGUGGAACAGUGGGUAUUUUCAUUGGGCUCUUUCCUUAUGUGUUCUGGGAAGCUGAUCUUGAUACAUUUGGCCAUUUGAACUAUGAAACUAGCCAGCGGGCUGAACUCUUUUUGUUUUAUAGCUAUGCUUCUGUAUCUGGAGGGCCACUUCCGAUUGCUCUUGUAGCUGGAGAAGCUACAAUCAACUUCGAGAGCAUGCCUGCAACUUCAUCGGGUGCUUCAAAUUCUGAGAGGAAUGAGCUAAGGAAGUCUUUCCUUGAAAUUAUGUCUAAGAGAUCUAUUGAUUUUCAAUGCUCUAUAUUUUCACUCGCAUGUAUUUAUGAUCCAAGAGAAGUUAAUGUACCCGAUCCCGUUCAAACAGUGUGUACGAGAUGGGGAAGUGAUCUUCUGUGUUUCGGUUCAUAUUCUCAUGUUGUUGUUGGGGCAUCUGGCAGUGACUAUAAUAAGCUUGGAGGAAGUGUUGGAGAUGGUCGGGUGUUAUUUGCUGAGGAGGCCACUAGCCGUAGUUACCCAGCAACUCUGCAUGGUGCAUUUUUAAGUGGAUUGCGGGAAGCAGCAAAUAUUUCUAAACAUGCUAAUAUGAAGCCAAUGACAAUGACAAUGUAUACAGAAAGAAGACUUUUACAGGACACUGAAUCCUGUGCUGAUCUUCUCGAUGAUCUAUUUAGGGAACCUGAUCUAGAAUUUGGGAAAUUGUCCAUUCUUUUUGACCCACUAUCAGAUGGCCCUCAAUCAAUUGCACUUUUGAGGGUUGUUGUUGAGGGACCUAGAAGCGAAGCCAUUAACAAUAUAAAAUCUGCAGACUGCACCUCAAACAAGUUUAUUUCUCAUCAAUUUCAGUCACAGUUGAAUAAAAAACUUAAAUUGUACACAUUAGUGGCACAAAAGCAUGCAUUUGAAUUGAGAGAGGUAAGUAGAGGAGAUGCCACUAAAUUGUGCUAA